GGCUUCAUAUUGAUGACUGGGCAGCGUCUGCGGCGGGGGCUGCCCGGAGCCGCGGUGAGGGGCUGGCGGCUCCCCCGGCCCCGCCGCUGCGUCAUCCCGGGCCGGGCGGGCGAUGGGGCCGGGGGCGGCGGGGGGCUGAGGGCAGCAGCCUUUGUACGGUGUGCGGGGGGGGCCGAGCCGGCGGAUCCAGGCGGGGAUGGAGCCUCCCCCGGCGCAGAGAUGCUGCUGCUGCCGCCGCCUCCGUCCCCGCCGGGAGGGAGCGCGGCCCGGGCUGCUCCCGCCGCCGCGGCUCUGAUGCCUUCGGGGUUUCCGUGGCGGCUCCCGGAGCCAGGGGCAGCCCUCGCCGGCAGCGGCUGAGCCCAGCGCCCUGCCCCAGCCAUGGAGCAGCCGGAGCGGGGGGUCCCCGGCGCGGAGCCGGCGGCAGCGGGACACAGCGAUACCGUCCCGGCGGCCUCCGCCUGCCCGGACACGGACACGCGUGAAGGCGUGGGGGCUGACGGUGACACGACGAGCCACCAGCUGUCCACGGGGCUGGAGGGGACCGGAGCACCCCAGCCCCAGGAAGAGUCCCCAGGCACCCUCCGCUGUCCCCCUCCAGACCCCCAGCGGGUUCGCUCUGUGCCGGAGCUCAUUAGGCCGCUGCGAACGAUAGAAGGGCUGGGAUGGAACCGAAUGGACAGACCUCACCAGAGCGAGGCUGACUACGGCUUCCUCGUGAGCCAGAACACGAAGCUCCUGAGCGCGCUGGAGGACCUGCGGCACCGCUGCUCCAGCCUGGCCGAGGAGAACAACUUGCUGCGCAGGAGCUGUUUCCCCCAGACAGAGGAGAAGGUGAAGCACCUGAAGAGGAAGAACGCGGAGCUGGCGGUGAUCGCCAAGCGCCUGGAGGAGAGAGCGCGGAAACUCCAGGAGGCGAACCUCAAAGUGGUAACUGCUCCGGUGCCUCUGAAGGGCCCCAGCCUGGAGCUGUGUAAAAAAGCAUUUGCCCGCCAGCGUGCCAAGGACCUGACCGAGCAAGCCAGUGCUCUCCUGGCGAAAGACAAGCAGAUUGAAGCUCUGCAGCAGGAGUGCCGGGAGCUGCAGGCUAAACUCAGUGCAGGGAAGGACGACCCUCGCUGCCUGAACGUCAUCGAGUUCGAUCGCCUGCUGCGGGAAUCCCAGCGAGAGGUGCUGCGGCUGCAGAGGCAGAUCGCGCUGAAGAAUUUCAAGGAGUCUCUACGUUCCUCUAAGAGCAGCUCAGGCGGCUCUUUGCCAAGCGCUGCCGCACGCUUGGGACCGCUCGGACUGACGCUGAAUACCUGCACCAAAGGGUCACCGCUACCCAAGGAGGCUCGUUUGGGGGACCCCGCGCUGGGAGGGGAAGGACGCAGGGAGGUGGAACCAGGUGUGCAGUCACUGGGACCUGCCUCUGAAGGACAUGAAAAUUUCCCUCCUAAAAAUGCAGUAACAGACCCAGCGAGCAGGCACCAGAUAAAGCAGCUGGAGUUUGAACUCAAGAAAAAGCGCAAAAAAUGUGAAAACCUUGAGCAUGAAGUGAGGAAAAAGCAUAAAAGAUGCAAGGAACUGGAGAUCCAGCUGCAGGAGGUACAGAAUGAAAAUGCACGACUGGCUGAAGAGAACUUGCAGCUGAACGAGAAGGCUGGAUGGGCAGGACAGGUUGAAUCUGAGAAUGCUGACCUGAAACUGCAGGUUGUUUUGGUUACUAAGGAACGGGAUUCAGUAAUUCAGACGAAUCAAGGACUCCAAACCAAGCUGGAGAAUCUAGAGCAGGUGCUGAAGCACAUGAGAAAUGUGGCUGAGCGAAGGCAGCUGCUGGAAGUCGAGCACAAGGAAGCGCUGCUAGUCCUGCAGGAGAAGCAAGAGGAGGUCAGGCGGCUGCAGCAGGCGCAGGCAGAGGCGAAAAGAGAACAUGAAGGAGCAGUACAGCUUCUAGAGAGCACUUUGGAUUGCAUGCAGGCCCGGGUGAAGGAUCUAGAAGACCAGUGUCGCAGUCAAACGGAGCAGUUCAGCCUCCUGUCGCAGGAACUCAAACAAUUCCGGCUUCAAACAGGAAAAAUCGACCUUCUCACCUCCACGCUGGUGACUUCGGAGCUUCCCCUUGCUCUGUGCAGCUCGACCCCGCAGCCCCGCUGGGAGAAGGAAUCGACUGUUCCUGGAUUGCUCACUCACCAGAGCGCAAAGAAGGUUCACAAUGAAGCGGCCAAUGAGUUGGAAUCGUCGCAGCGGGCGCCUGAUGCCACCGUUGGCUCCCCAGUUGCUGCUGCCGGUGCUCAGAAACAAGCCAAGAGAGCGGAAUCUCAGUCCAGCUCUUCAAAAUCAGAAUCCAUGCACAACAGUCCAAAAUCCUGCCCAACUCCGGAGGUGGACACUGCAAGUGAAAUGGAAGAACUGGAUGUUGACAGCAUCUCUCUAAUGCCAGAGCCAGGCAGCCAAGGCCAUGCGAAGCUCCAGGUGUUCUUAGCUCGAUACAGCUACAAUCCUUUCGAUGGACCCAAUGAAAAUCCGGAGGCAGAGCUUCCGCUGACUGCUGGAGAAUAUAUUUAUGUCUAUGGGGACAUGGAUGAAGACGGCUUCUUUGAAGGGGAGCUGAUGGACGGCCGGCGAGGGCUGGUCCCCUCCAAUUUUGUUGAGCGAGUUUCAGAUGAUGACCUCAUGACGUUUCUGCCUUCGGAGCUGAAUGAUCUCACCCAUAGCUCAUACCAGGAGAAAAGUUUGAUCAGUGCGAGCACCAGCAGUGGAGAUAAGAGUGAUCUCUCCGUUGAAGAGAGUAGCAUCAGCCUGCUGACCAGUAGAGCAGAAGGAGACCAGGAGGAGCCCGUUAGUCACACAGCAGUGCCUUACCCCAGAAAACUGACCCUGAUCAAGCAGCUUGCCAGAAGCAUAGUUGUAGGCUGGGAACCACCACUUGUACCCGCUGGCUGCCCAGACGUACAAAGCUACAACAUCUAUGUGGAUGAGGAGCUACGUCAAAAUGUGAAGAGUGGCUUUCAGAACAAAGCAGUGAUUGAAAAGCUGGAUUUAAAGAGCAAGGCUUACCGCGUGUCUGUGCAGAGCGUGACAGAGCGAGGCAGUUCUGAUAAACUGCGAUGCACUUUCUUUGUGGGCCAUGAUUUUGGUGUGGCACCGACUAUGCUGAAAGUCCGAAGUGUCACUGCCACGUCGGCGGAGGUGACGUGGCUUCCCUGCAACAGCAAUUACAACCACGCGGUGUAUCUCAACGGGGAGGAGUGCGACAUAACCAAGCCUGGGGUUUACUGGUACACCUUCCGCAACCUGCAGCCCAGCACUGCGUAUGUGGCCAAGCUGGAGGCCCGGCCCUUGCAGAGCCCUUGGGAAGAGCCCCCCGAGGGGCAGGAGCAGAGCUCGGCCGUGAUCCACUUCACCACCCCGCUGGCAGGCACACCUGAUGCUCCUUUGGAUGUCCAGGUAGAAGCUGGUCCCUCACCAGGUAUCCUCGUGAUCAGCUGGUUACCUGUCACCAUCGAUGCCGAAGGAUCUUCCAAUGGAGUUCGAGUCACCGGUUAUGCGGUGUACGCGGAUGGACAGAAGGCAAUAGAAGUUACUUCUCCAACAGCUGGGAGUGUCCUGGUGGACCUGUCCCAGCUUCAGAUGUUCCAGGUGUGCCGGGAGGUUUCUGUGAGAACGAUGUCUCUGUAUGGGGAGUCGGUGGACUCAGUUCCAGCCCAGAUUUCCUCGGUCUUGCUGCGAACCUCCCACCGCUCCUCACCUUCCCGUUCUGCUCUUUCUACCACUUUUACCUCUCGACCGCCCCAUGGAGAACCCAGGGGCUCUCUGCCUGCACGCAGCCCACCCACGCACCAGGCGGCUGCGCUCCUGCUUCGACAGAAAGCUCCCACUGAUAACGCAGAUGCCAAAUUGACUGAUCCCUCCUCCAGCCACAACGGCUCAGCGCCAUCUCUGCCAGAGAAAGCCUCUUCGCCACCUCACCUCUCCUCUCCUGGUGCUUCCUUGGUGCAGGUUUCAGGCGCUUCCCCACAGGGAUCAGAUGCUGCACGAGACAAGAAAUGCCUGAGUGUGCCUCCUCAGCAAGUCGGCGGCACCGCGCUCCCCACUGAGGGCACAGAGCCCAUCCCUUCGAGGAAUGCAGAAUUGCAAGGCCUGGGCAAAGGGACAGAGGUGCAGGUGGAACAAUCUGUAACCAAAGCUCCGGAGCUGGAAAGCCCGUCUAACAGCAGUCUGAAGAUACGUCUGGAGACCUGCCACGCGUGCUCCGUGGAGGAGUCACCAGAAGGUCCCGGUGCUGAAGGAGAAAAGGAGGCGAAGGAGCAGCACUGGAACCCAGAGCCUCUGCCCUCCCCCAGCCAGGCCGAGGGGACAGGAGACACCUCCCGAGACACAAACACGGGUGGGAGCAGCUGCCAGGACUUCCUGAGGUUGUCCCCUGGCAAGGAGGUGAUGAAGGAAAUGUCCAGAGUGAAACGAGAGCAAGAAGAAAAAAUGUCUGAAAUGGGAAGACGCCAGCUGACCCUUUUUGCUGAGCACAACCGUAGUUCUGACCUUUCAGAUAUUUUGGAAGAGGAAGAAGAAGAUGAACUGUCUUCAGAAGCUCUGGAAGAGAAGAAAUGGGACCAGAGGGAGCCAUGUUACCAGGAGAAUGGGGAGAAGAUGGAUCUUUGUGAUACUGACAGUGACGAGGAGAUUCUGGAGAGAAUACUAGAGCUGCCGCUUCAGAAGAACCACAGCAAGAAAUUGUUCAGCAUCCCUGAAGUGACUGAGGAUGAGGAUGAAGAUGAGGAUGAGAGGUCUGUUACAGAGGAAAAGGCAGAGCUGCAAGACUCCUCAGGAACACUUCCCUACCCUUCAGGAAGGACAGAGAAGCCACUCAGCAUCAAGGAGCCAUUUGUAAAGGCAGGUGGGAGUAACACCCCCAUGGAUCCGUCUGCUCAGAGUCCACGGGAGGAGCGUGGUGAUAAGGAGAGCGGAGGGGACGGCAACCAUGCGAAUCCUGCCUUUGUCCAUCCCGCCUGGAGUCAGAAGAAAGCAAACUGGAACUGGGGUUACCAGGAGAAUGAUCCGAAGUCUGGGACUGGGGCAAGUCCCGCCAGGAGCAAGAAGAAGGGAAAUAAUUAUCGAGAGAAGGUCCGGAAUCGGCCUGAGAUGGGUAGGAAGAGACAGAAUGAUUUAACAGAGCACUGCAGUCGUCUGCUGGGCAACUGCGGCCAGAUGGGAGGCGGGUUGUACAGAGCUCCAAGCCUCAGGGAAGAGCUGAACAUUGUGAGCAGCGCUGGCAGUAAGGAGGGGUUUGAUAUGUACAGUCGUGCCAGACAAGGCGCCUUACGAAAAAAUCACAAGAAAGUGGUUUCAGGGUUUGCAGAACCUGCUGGGAGGGCAACACGCUGCUCCAGCCCCAGGAGCCUGGAAAUAGACAUUGAAUAUGACUCCGAAGAUGAUCAGGAUUCAAGCUGCGCAUCGCCCCCUGAGAGCAGGCUGUGGCCAGAAAGGUCUCAGAGCUGCCAGGGGGACUGGAGCGAUUGCUCUGGUCAGUCCGAGGUUACCCACACGAGUGGCAGAAGGGACCCAACCAGACUGGAGGUGGUGGAAGAGCAGAGGAUGGAGUGGGCUGGGUCUCCGAGCCAGCGCCUGCGGUUCUUGUGCCGGGAGAAGGAAGCCCUGAGGUGUGAGAGCAGUUCGGAGGAGCAGGGCUGGGAGCUGGACUGUAAGUCACCUGGCUGGAGAAAGAGGCUCGAACAUCCUUCGAAGGGGAUACAUAGCACCUCCUUGCACAAAAGGGCGCCCGGUCACAAAGAUCCCAGGGGCCAAGAGCCACCCCGCGCAGCCACCUGGCAGGGGCCCAGCAGGAGACGGAACAAGAGCUUGAGAAGAAGCCAAACGCAGAAACCUUUGCUCUUUAGUCCAGGUCCUCCAAGGAGCACGGCUUCAGAAACCUCCAUUAAAGAUGAUGACAUUCGAAUAUUUGUGGCUCUCUUUGACUAUGAUCCUGUUUCUAUGUCUCCUAACCCUGAUGCGGCAGAAGAGGAGCUCCCGUUUAAGGAGGGGCAGAUCCUGAAAGUGUGUGGAGACAAGGAUGCUGAUGGCUUUUACAGGGGGGAAUCUGCAGGAAGGGAGGGAUAUAUCCCCUGUAACAUGGUGUCUGAAGUCCAGGUGGAGAAUAAUGAAAUCAAGAAGCAGCUCCUAAAGCAAGGAUUCCUUCCUGCUGACACACCGAUGGAGAGCAUAGGAAAUGGCACAUUUUCUCCACCUCCACGCCGCCAAUCCGUCCCUCCUCCAAAACCUAGACGCUCCAAGAAAGCAGGGCUGGACAAACAGGAGAAGUACAAGUCUCAUCCAGACCAGCAACAUCAGGACUUUGAAGCUGAACUGCUGACUCCUCGAAGCAUGGUGGCUGUCUUCGACUACAACCCUAAGGAGAGCUCUCCGAAUGCAGAUGUAGAGGCUGAACUGACUUUCCGUGCCGGGGACAUUAUCACUGUGUUUGGGUCCAUGGAUGAUGACGGAUUCUAUUAUGGAGAGCUGAACCAGCAGAGAGGUCUUGUCCCGUCCAACUUCCUGGAAGCCGUCGCUCCUGAUGGAGGCCCGGUCGAGGAACUCCAUUCAAAAGAUAAAGAGGCUUUUCCGCUGAGUUCUGAGAGCCAGAGAAUGAGGAAGAGAAGAGUCCAGUGAUAGAUAUGAAUGAUACAUAGAGAGAGAGCAACCAUUUAAAUCCAGAUGGGACUGUUGGGACUGUUGAUCAGAGCGACUCCUCACCAACUCCUACUCUACCGCCUUCCUGCCUUGUCAUGGGCGAGCAGUGUCCGGAGCAGGCAUCGCUGGCUCUUCUCACCUGCGGUGAUGUCCCUGCUCAGAGUAAAAAGAAGAGAGGCUUCUUCUUCAAAGGAAAAAAGCUCUUCAAAAAACUUGGGUCGAGUAAGAAAAAUUAGCACGGGAUUUAUUGUUCUGUAAAGACUGCCUGUGCAGUCCACGCGGGGACUGAAAAUUCAGGAGGAGCCCUCUGCAAUAAGCUGAUUAGAGUGUUUUCAUAGGGGGAAAAAAUGUAUAUUGAAUAGAAGAAACUCUUCAGUGUGUCUGGGAGCCGUGGUCGCUGCUGAGAGCCCAGCCGUGGGUGCCCACUUCACGUGGGCAGCGGCGCUGAACACGGCGUCACGGCUCUGGGGUGCGCGAGGCCCCGCAGCAGCGUGUCCUGCUCCGUGCAGCCCUCAACGCGCCGGCUCCCUGUAAAUAUUUUAACUUAAAAACUAUAUUCUGGCUGUAAGUUAGCUAAAUGGCUUUUCCCAGCAAAGCCCCGGCCCCUUAGGAAGAGCUCCCUCGUGCUGCACACCCCGGUAGUUCUCUGGUCCAAAGGAGGUUACGUCAACUCCUUCACUCCCUGCAAAGAAAAUUUGCACUUUUCUGUUCCCGUGAAUCCCCUUUGCUGUCUCUGGGCUGACAAGUGAGUUAUUUGUACUGUAAACCUGUAAAUACGCAGCUGUGCCUCGGAGCAUCCCCCGCUGCCUCCGUCACGUUCCGCACGAGGGUUCCCGUGGAGGAAGGAGCGACUCCCUGACCGGGUCGGUACUUCUGCCCGGAGCGUGGGCUGCUGCAGGCUGCUCGUGGCUGGUUCACCUUGACCACUCGCUGGCUGGGGACUCCGCCUUAUUUAUUUUAUUUAUUUACUUAUUUAACUAUUUAUUUACUUUACGUCUGCCUCUUUCGCGGUUUUGUUUGGCUGUUUCAGUGGGCUGCUCCUGAGUCAAAGCAUUCGGAAAGCAGAGCUGGGGAUGGAGAGUUUGCAGCUAUUUUCAUAUGAGAUGAUGUGUUCCUUGAGUUACGACACAUCCCUUUCUAAGCCACGGAGAGUUUUGUACUACAUGGUUUCUAUCCUUUUCAGUGUCUCUUUCGUUGCAUGUUUCAGUGCGGUACUUGUUUUGAGAAGGACAGUUACGUGAGGUAUGUGAAUGAUGCCAGCACAGUGUCCACAAGUGUUGGUGUUGCAGUAUGUUUUUAUUUAAUAUCAGAUUUUAUUAUAAUAAAGUCUAUUUUCACAAAAAUACAUUUUCCUUAAAAAAGCAAAA